AGGAAACUGCUAAGAAGAUCUUCGGAGAAACUUUUGACCAUUCCAUCUCUCCAAGAAACUUUUAAGAAGCAAGAAAAUAUCAACACCAUCUUCAGGGACAUGAAUCUCUUCAGUUGGGGACACAGAGAGGGUUUGUUUAUAAACUAGUACUAAGACAAGAUUUUAGCUUCUUUUUGGAGUCGAACCAUCAAUGUUUCAACCUGAGAUAACGAGGUUCGUUCCUACAAUCAGUGUUGUUGGGGAAGGUUUUUGUUUCCCUUAUCUAGUUGACCUGAUUGUGAAGAAAAAGAGUGGAUUCUCUAACACAAAAAUCGACGUGGUAGACGACAAUGGAACUCUCUUGCUGCAAGUUAAGGGUUCCAUGUGGCAAUUCAGGAAGAAGAGAGUUAUGUAUGAUUCAAUAUCUUCUCCUCUUUUGACAAUCCGCCAAAAGGAGGUUGCUUGGCGUCAACGAUGGACGGUUUGUCUCGGGGUGGGCUCAGAAGAAAGCAAUCUUCUCUAUACUGUGGAACAAUCACAGUCUUUCCAGUUCAAAACACAACUUAGUGUAUUUCUAGCAACCAACCCAACCGGAGAAAUCUGUGAUUUCCGUGUUGUUGGAAGUUAUGUUUCUCAGUCUUUCAAAGUUUACAAAGGAGACACUUUGAUAGCAGAGGUAAAGCAGAGGUUCAAUUUGGGAAGCUUAGGCAAAGAAAAGUUUGAAGUAAGAGUUUAUCCUGGGGUUGAUUAUGCAUUCAUUGUGUCUUUACUUGUAAUACUUAAUGAAAUUGAUUCUUGAUUAUGUUGCUAAUAUUUAAAAAAAUUAA